AUGAGGCUUCUACAACUCCUCACUUAUUGCGCCGUCGCUUCCGGCCUUGCUCUCCCCAAGCUCGACACAGCGCUCGCAGUACGCGCCCCAGGCGACGUGGCUACUACGGGAAGCAAUGCAUUCGACGCCGACGGCAUCCUUUCCCGUGAUUCUAGUGCGGCAUGGAUAGAGGCUGAGAAAGUUGUCGGCACCCUGAAGCACAACACGUACUAUUAUUUCAUGUCUUGCAACAAGGCCUACCCAGGCCAAAAGGGCAUGACUCCUUCACAGCAGUACACCAUUGAUCAGACGGGCUGCCUUCAUACCGGUCUAAUUAUUGGAAAGACUGCCAUAUUUCAGAAGAAGUUCAAGGCUAGCUAUCUUCAUGUCAGGCGUCUGGUAGACAAUCCCAACACAUGGACUCAGACCAGACAUGACUGGGACGAAGUAAAGAGAAUGCAGCGUAUCGACUAUGGUGGAACUACGACGUCGUCCAAGGGCGAUCUUGAGAGGGUCGUGAGAAACGGCGAGGAAUGGAUUACAUUAUCUGGUGGCCAGUAUUCUGCGGACUGGAACUGCUUAGCUUACUACCGCUUCAUGGCCUCGAAGCUUUAG